CUCCACAAUCAUUUCACAGCAAGAGAGGAGCGCGGCAGCUCGUCCGGGGGGGAAGGACGAUGAGACACGUUUGACUCUAAAAAAGCCCGUCGGAAAUAGUGGAACUACUCUGAAUUUUUUACUUCGACGCCGAGGACAGCGUUUCGUUACGAUGAAAGCGUGAGCUGGUUCAUAGCUGAUUUAUUGAAGUACCUUCACACUGAGGAAAAAAAACAACAAAAAACUCAACUGAUCUCUCUAGAGAAUAACUUCGUUCACAAAGCAGCAUGUCGUCCACUGAAGAGCCGUCUGGCACGGUCCUGCACCGGCUCAUCCAGGAGCAGCUACGCUUUGGAAACCCUACAGACACCCGCACCUUAUUAGCCAUCCAGCAGCAGGCCCUGCGCGGAGGCAGUGGAAGCAACAGUGGGCCCAGCAGUGGAGGCGAGAUGGGCAGGAGCCCGCGGUCUUCUUUGGAGAGCCUCACCCAGGAGGACCCUCUGUUCCCUCAGCUUUCUGCGAGGCAGGAGCCCCAGGGCCAGGAGCACCAGGGAGACUACCUCCACUCGGAGAGUGGCUACCAGCUACACGGGGAGAAGCUGCCGACCUACGAGCAGGCCAAGGCGCAUUCUCAGUAUGCUUCUCACUGGGCGCCCACGGGCCCCAUCAGGCAGCUCCACGAUGGGGACUUGCUGCACGAUGGGGUCUUCCACGAGGAGGCAGAUCUAAUGGAGCAGAAGUGCAGCCACGUGCGGUCGCUCAGCGAGCAUCGCAUGCAGAUAUCCCUGGAGAGGAACGAUGCGGCGGCUAAAGCCGAGGCCAUCAAGAUCACCUCUCACAGCUACCCCGAGCUGCCUUACUACGCUCCGCCAAGCCUCCAAAACACGGGGCCAAGCAUGGACAAACGCAACCCACCCCCAGAGUACUCGGCGCCCAUCCAGAGCCAAGGAUUUAUCCCUCAACAGGUCCAGGAGCCAGUGCAGGCCCAGCAACACAGGUAUGUCCAGUCUGGUCAGCCCGCUGAACUUCCUUGCUACAAUGCAUUAAUGAGCCUGCCACCUGCUGGCUUGGAGGAGCCCAACCAGGUUGAGCUGCUGCUUAUUGAGAACGAGAGGCUGAGGCAAGAGCUGGAAUCGCACAGGGAGAAGACUGGCCGCAUUCAUAAGCUGGAGCAGGAGAUCCAGCGUAUUUCGGAGGCCUAUGAGACGCUGAUGCAGGGCAGCAGUAAGAGAGAAAACUUGGAGCAGACACUGAGGAGGAGGUUGGUGGCCGAGAUCAGGAGGCUGCAGGAUUUCAACAGAGACCUAAGAGAAAACUUGGAAAACGCCAGAACACAUGUUGCAAAAGAAGUGGAGGCCGCCGACCAUAACCAGCACAUCAUGGCAAAGCUCCUCGAACAAAACGAGGAGCAGAACUUCGAGCGGGAGCGCGUGGAGCGGGAGCUGCAGCGGCUGCGAUCCACGGCCGAGGAGCAGGGCCUCCGGGCCAUGCGGCUCGAGGAGGCCCUGGACGCGGCCCGGGGACGGGGCCGCCAGCUCGAGGAGGAGCUGAGGAGGAAGAGGGCUUACGUGGAGAAAGUGGAGAGGCUUCAGAGCGCGCUGGCUCAGCUGCAGUCCACCUGUGAGAAGAGGGAGAGCCUGGAGAUGAAGCUGAGGACGCGGCUAGAGCAGGAGCUGAGGAGUCUGAGGGCGCAACAGAGGCAGUCUCAGCCACCAGGAGUGACCAUGAGCUCUCUCCAAGAGCGCCUACGUGAGCGCGAGGAGCGAAUCCUGGCCCUCGAAGCCGACAUGGUUCGCUGGGAGCAGAAGUACCUGGAGGAGAGCACUAUGAGGCAGUUUGCCAUGGAGGUGGCUGCCACUGCUGCCGCUCAGAGAGACACCACCAUCAUUAACCACUCACCCUGCCACUCCUCUAACAACAGUUUCAAUGAGGACCUGCCCGCUGCUGACUACAGGAAUCAGGAGAUGGAAAACAGGAUCCGCGCUCUGUACGCUCAGAUCUUGGAAAAAGAUGCCGUGAUCAAGAUCCUCAACCAGCGGCUGCACCAGGAUCAGGGCCGGAAGGAUGAGAAAAGCCCCCGAACGAACCUCCUGAACACGGCCGGGUCGCCUCUCCGACCGGCCUCCUCCACUCCCUCCAUCAGCAACACCAUGAGCAACGCUAAGAGCCGAGGUAAGAGCCUUUCGGAUGAUCAGACUUUGCCGAACCAUCAGUUCCCCGCUCAGUCCGAACCUGGGACGCUAGAACGACAGGUGGAGGGGCCCAAGAGCAAAGAGGCAGCCAGCGCAGCUCAGCUCAACAGUGAUAAGGCAGCGCCUAAGAAGUCGCUGCUAAACCCCUUCAGAGGACUGGACGAGCUGGAGUCGGAGGCGGUGGAAAUCUUCAUUUGAGGAACCGACAUGUGGAUUCUGAAUGAGAAAGGAAAACAACGUCUGGGUAUCUGUGCAAGAACUGAGAAUGGAACAAAAUGCAGGAUGCAAGAAUGUCGCAGAAGGCAGGAGGCCAACGACUAAAGGACCGUUUUCACUUUUUAGAGGCAGAGCUGUGCUCCAACUCGCUUCCUCUCACUGGGCUGGUCAGCUGCAGGCAGCUCGCCCAGCAGAGUGAGAAGAGAUGAAUCUUCUGAGGUACUUGGACAGUAUUGUGGAUUGUAAUAGGGCAACAUGUUCUCAUAGAGUGUAUGCCAAAAUAUUUAUAAAGUUAUAAAUGCUGCUUUCCCCCCUUUAUUAUCCCCUUCCCCUGUCCGGUGAACUAAGAAGCUACUUAUUUAUCUUAUCUGGUUUCCACAUUCCCCAAAUAUUAACUUAAGCCUCAUGCUCUUCUAGAUAAAUAUUCAGUAAGAGGUUAUCUAUGUGACCUGCAUUCCCCUCCUCUCCUAAAAAGAAAAAAAAAAAAAAUGUGGAUUUAAUCUGAGUAAUCCCAUUCCCACCAUACAGAUGUUAUCUGUUUGGAAGACUCCCCUUUGUAGUUUAAGCUGAUGAGACGGAAAACACUGAUUUAAAAUGCUCUCGCCUGUUCACGCUUCUUCAGCCCGAGUAGCUGGUUCUGCGAAGGUGUCGAGGUGUGCAUGAGCGGCGGGCAGCGUAAUAUAAUUUAAAAGACUUUUUGGUAUUUUGUGUGCCAAACUGACACAGACCUGGUGUUGUAAGUUUUUUGGGACGGUGUUGAUUUAUUAUUUUUUUUCUUUAUUAUUUUCUGAUGCUUUUUUUUUUUUUUUUUCGCCCCUUCUUUUCAAAGUGUGUUUGCAUGUGUGAUUACAGUAUGCGAGUAAGUGCGUCCUGACGUGGGGAUUCUGCUGGUUGGGUCACCGUCGUUGGGCGAAAAAGUUGUGUGUUUUUGUUUACUGUGAGCUUUGGACUAACAAACAGGUUAAUUAUUGUUAUUGUUGUUAUUAUUAUUAUUAUAUAUUUUCUACAGAUGUUUGUAUUGUUAUUUUAGACACAAUAGUGCUUUGAGCAGGAUGCCAAAGAGUUUAUGUGUGUUUGUCGUAAUUUAUGUGCCGACAAUCGCGGUUUUGUCAAGCUGUACACAACCAACCAAGUGUUGACUUCAAACAGACAUGUCUGUGAACAAUAUGAAGGUUUUUAUGGUUGAAUUCAUGCAACAUUUCAUAAGGCAAUAAAAUAUUCUAAUAUACAUUAA